GCGAUUCUCAUGGCUGGGAAGUGAACUGAAAAGCAAACCGAGGGUCGUCAGGCCUACCGGAGCUUUCAGUUGUCCGAGGGAAGAGGGCUGUGUUGCCAUGGGAAUCCUUGUCCUGGACCCAAGAGUGCUGCCCUGGAGCUGUAGGAAGAAAGCUGUUCUCUAAGCUAGUAGUUUACUGGGUCUCACUGUUAGUGUUGACCUCAGUAUGCUGCGAAGAAAACCAACACGCCUGGAGCUGAAACUUGAUGACAUUGAAGAGUUCGAGAACAUUCGAAAGGACCUAGAGACCCGCAAGAAACAGAAGGAAGAUGUGGAUGUUGUAGGAGGCAAUGAUGGAGAAGGAGCCAUUGGGCUUGGCACUGACCCCAAAAGCCGGGAACAGAUGAUUAAUGAUCGGAUUGGUUAUAAACCGCAACCGAAGCCAAACAAUCGCUCAUCUCAAUUUGGAAGUUUUGAGUUUUAAAGAUGAAUUCCCUUGCAUGAGAGAGUCCUGGAAUGGAAUAAAAUGAUGGCAGAAAUACAAACCAGAUUUAGAGAACUGAGUACAUGCAGUGAAGCAGAUUCUUUUACUUCCUGCAGAGAAAGAUAAAUUCUGCAUGAAAUUACUGAUGUUCACCUUUCACACUAAGCUGGAAUCUGAACUCUGGUUUGUCUCUGGAAAAAUUUAUUCUGUGAAACAUCUGAUUUUUGUUUUUAAAAAUAAAUAUAUUUUUGGAAAA